AAAACUGCUUUAGGUUAAAGAUUUCAAUAAUAAAUUAGAUUAAUUAUGACUGAUGUGAAAAUCAAAGUAACAUUCGUUAUUCCUAAACAUUGCAACGACGAAAAUGACUGUUCUGAAGACAUGCUCAUUGCUUACACGGCAUGUGAAAAUCAUCGUGGAGGAGGGUUACAAGCACAGUGGGCGCAUGAGAAGUCGCUCACGUUUGACGAACCACCCUUGAAGAAGGAUAUUUUUGUGUUGUCAGAGUUUGAUGGAGAGCUUUAUGAGAAAUUGAAAGCUACAAAGUGCCUAUUGGUUGGUCCCCGAUGCUUGUCCUGUUCUUUAACCGAGGGCAGGCCCAUCCCUACAAAAGGCCAUCCAGUGUACACAAUAGCCAUGCGUGGCUUGAUUGUGACUCUCAGCGGGCUUUCCAAGGAGGCUAAGACGAAUUUAAAGCAGAAGAUAGAAUGGAUGGGCGGCACAUACAGUGCCGUCUUAUCCUCGGAGUCAACACAUUUGAUUGCCACCAGUGUGUUCUCAGACAAAUACAUAAAAGCAGCCGAGCGUGGAAUCCCAGUAAUGAAAGACACCUGGGUCACUGCCGUCUGGGACACCUCACUAAAGCAAGACAUCAACGGAGCCUCGCCAGAGUUCAACACACACCGCUUGCCUCCAUUCGCCAACUUGCAGAUCACAACUUCGGGCUUGAACAGUAACGAUAAGAAGUUGAUCAUGAAACUGGUUAAUGCCAACGGUGGAGAUUUUUCAAGAGUGUUUUUGAGUCAGACGACUGAUGUUCUAGUUUUGACCAAAGACUCGACAUCAAGUGAAAAAUACAAAGCUGCCAUAGAGUUUGGCAAAGUCUGCGUUACACCGCACUGGGUAAAGGAUUCAGCUGCAUUGGGAUUUGCUCUCCCAGUGUCGAGGUACAAAGUUACCUCUACAACUACAUCGUCGCCGGUUAGGGAUGGACCUGUACCUGAUAUGAGUCUAAAUCUUACAAGGAUAACUAAGGAAGGCAAACCGAGCAACUUCGUGGACGAGAGCAAAAUGGCCGACUCUAUGAUGCUAUCAGGGACCGCUAAGUUUCAGGAUUCCAAAAGAGUUUCCGGUGGCGAUGAAAUCCAGAAAGCAUUCGAAGCUUUCGAUGUUGCUGCCAUCAAAAAGGCUGGUCCUAUUUUUGAUGGAUUUUGCAUUUGGGUGAGCGGUCUGGAGGGGAUGCCUCGCGAGCGCGCUUGGGCGUGCGUUUCUAAAGCGGGGGGCACAAGGUACGACGGGCCGAACUCGCGCGUGACUCACGCGGUGUCGUGCGGCACAGCGGCGGCGGCGGCGGCGGCGCGCUGCCCGCCGUGCCGCUGCUGUCCCCGCUGUGGCUCCUGCGCAGCGUGGAGGCCGGCAGAGUGUUGGACGAGGCCGAGUUUCUCAUUAAUCCGGAACCAGCCACACCGCGCAAGACUAAACAGCCCCCCGUAGCAGCGGCAUCCCCUAUGAGCAAACGGAGUUUGCAACUCCUACUACCCCCUCCGGAACCUGUAGUAGAAGAACAACCGCAACGGGACCAUAUAGUGGAUCAUUACUUAAGCCAACAUCUCUCACAGCAACAGCCAGCCGAAACGAGUAAAUCACCGGAACCCGCGGCAAAGAAAGAAUCUUCUAGAAACGACGAUGACACCGCCGUUUCGGAGUUUACGCAGUCGGAUAAUAUAUUUAAAG